UCAGACAAUAUCAAAGAUGGCUGCCUCCAUCAGAACAUGGUUUCAUGCAAGUGCGACCUUCAACACCGCUAAUUUUCUUCGUAUGCGCCUCACGAGCAAUUCUUUACGAACAGUACCGGUCUAUGUUGCACAAGCUAAAAAAUACAAGAGUACAUAUACAAGCAAUAGCCCUACAGUUCUCUGUAACUCAUCACACUUGUGGUUUCCUAAAAGAUCAAUAAAUACAUCUAGAGUGCUUUGGAACAAUCAAGAAGAAGCCAAAGAGGAAACGGAUGAAGAUUAUCAUAACCUUAUCAAAGAUACAGAAAGAGGGAAAGGACCUGCUGACACACAUGAAUUCCAAGCUGAGACUAGACAACUGUUGGAUAUUGUUGCCAAGUCUUUAUAUUCGGAAAAAGAAGUUUUCAUAAGGGAGCUGAUCUCUAAUUCAAGCGAUGCACUAGAAAAACUUCGGUAUUAUGAAUUGACCGGCCAUGAAAUUGUUGACAAAGAUAUUCCAUUGGAGAUUCACAUUGCAACCAAUGAUGACAAAAAAACAUUCACCAUACAGGAUACAGGUGUUGGUCUUACAAAGGAAGAACUAAUAGAUAAUCUUGGUACAAUAGCUAGAUCAGGUUCAAAGGCAUUUUUGGAGCAGUUGUCUGACAAAACUUCAAAAGGCAAUGUUAAAAGCAAUCUCAUUGGCCAGUUUGGUGUUGGCUUUUAUUCCACUUUUAUGGUUGGAGACAAAGUUGACGUGUACACAAAGUCUUUUAAACCUGACUCAUCUCCAUACAAAUGGUCAUCUGAUGGGUCGGGAAAGUAUGACAUAUCUGAAGCUGAGGGUGUUCAGAGAGGAACCAAAAUUGUGAUACACCUGAAAGGUGACAGCUAUAAUUUUGCUAAGGAAGAAAUUAUUAAAGAAGUUGUGAAAAAAUACAGCAACUUUCUUGGUGUGCCUAUUUAUCUGAAUGGCAAAAGGGCAAAUAUUAUUCAGGCUCUGUGGACCAUGGAACCUAGAGAUGUAACCCCAGACAUGCAUGAGGAAUUCUACAGGUUUAUUGGGAAUGUCUAUGACAAACCCCGCUAUAAUCUACACUACAAAACUGAUGCACCAUUGAAUAUUAGAGCACUUUUCUAUAUUCCUGAAUAUAAACCAACUAUGUUUGACAUGAGCAGAGAAACUGAUGUUGGUGUUGCACUCUACAGUAGAAAAGUGCUCAUUAUGGCUAAAGCUAACCAUGUGUUGCCGAAAUGGUUGAGAUUUGUCAAAGGUGUUGUGGACAGUGAAGAUAUACCUUUAAACUUGAGCAGAGAAUUGCUACAAGACAGUACUUUGAUCAGAAAAUUGCGAGAUGUUUUGACCACAAGGCUUCUCAAGUUUUUCAUUGACCAAGCUAAGAAAGACCCACUGACAUAUAUGAAGUUUUAUGAAGAUUAUGGCCUGUUCUUCAGAGAAGGCAUUGUUACAACUGGGGACCAAGCUCAGAGAGAAGACAUUGCUAAGCUUUUGAGGUUUGAAUCUUCAAAACUUGAGAAGGGGCAGUUAACUAGCUUAGAUGAAUAUGCUCAAAGGAUGAAAGCAGGGGAGAGAAACAUUUAUUUCUUAGCAGCUCCUAGCCGCCAGUUAGCUGAAACAUCACCAUACUUUGAGGCUCUGAAGAAAAAAGACACUGAGGUUCUGUUUUUAUAUGAAGGCUAUGAUGAGCUAGUGUUGAUGAACCUUGGUCAGUUUGAUCGCAAGAAUCUUAAAUCUAUUGAGAAUGAAUUAUAUGAAGACAAAGAAAAUACAGAUACCAUAAAUGAAAAUGAUGAGAAAAGUCUUAAGCAGCAAGAGGCUGAGGAUCUGAAAGUUUGGCUCAAAUCUAUUCUGUUAAAUAAAGUCAAUAAUAUUAAGGUUACCAAAAGACUAGAGAGCCAUCCCUGUGUUAUCACAGUUCUAGAGAUGGGCUCUGCCAGACAUUUCCUGCGCACUACUCUAGCAGAUAAGAGCCAGGAUGAGAGGUUGCGCCUGUUGCAGCCUACUCUUGAAAUCAACCCAAGUCACCCGUUGAUUGUUAAAAUGCACAAACUGAUGGCUUCUGAUCCAGAGCUUGGCACACUUUUAGCUGAACAGCUGUACGACAAUGCCAUGAUAAACGCAGGGCUGAUAGAUGAUCCAAGGAUUGGAGUAUCCAGGUUACAACUCCUGCUGGAGAAGGCACUGGCCAAGAUUGAAUAGUUUGUCUUCCACUUCGUUGUUUUGUGUUAGUCCUUCCUGUUUAUACACAUUUUCAUGUAACGUGUACCAAGAUUUGUGAUUUGAUAUUUUAUAAUGCAUCCAUGGAUUUCAUAAGUAGUGAAUAAACCAUGCCAUCAAAUG